ACAGAACACUAACAAUGGAUAACGAUAACGUAUAAAAAAAUUAAUUAAACCUUGCACAAUAUUUACAUAUUUUUAUAUAAAAUACGUGUUUGUUCUUAGUUGAAUCAUAUUAUAAUAAUAUUACUAUCCAUAAAAAACAUACCUGAAAUUAUUUAAAUAUGUUUAUGACAAAAAUUAAAAAUCAUAAUGAAAAUAAAGUAAAUAUGAAAGAGAAAACAUCUGCUCAACUUCUUGAGUUAUUGGAAAGACAGGAUAAACUAUUAAAAAACAAACAUUUUUUGGAUACACUUCCAGACAAAGGAGAAAAAGUCAAAAAUUUUUGUUCUCAGAUUAAAGUAGAAUUAGAAAAACGUUAUGAACACGAUAAAUUAUGUGAAGAUUUGUCUGAGUUAAACAUUGGUAAAGAUCAGUUGGAUACACUUGAAUGGUCUAGCAAACAUGAACCUUACAGUCAACAGACUAAUAGUAAAAAAAAUGUUGAUGAUACUGAUGUCUUGAGAAUACUUACUUCACACUCUGGAGUUUAUCAAGAUAAAUUAAUUAUUAAAGAAGAACCUGAAGAAGUUUUCAUAAAACCUUCAGAUUUAAUUGAUAUUUUAACAUCAAAUGAAAACAAAAAAUUAGAAGACCCUCAAGAAUUUCAAGAGCAUGUAGAAAGAUAUGCUAAAAAUUUAUGUGGGCGAAUUGAUACAAAUUCGCCCAAAUUAACUCGUUUUUUACCAAAUAAACCAAUAAAAUGCAAAGAAAAUUGUUCUAAAAUUACUACUCCUAUAAGUCUUAAAGAGUCUGUAACCUUACAAUUAGUCCAGGAAAAUAAAAUAAAAGAAAUAAAAUCAGAACAAUCUAUUAGAAGAAUUGUUCCAGUAUAUUCAUUCAAUACUAGCAGUUAUCGUGAACCCAAAGCAACAGAUUUCGUUGAUUUUUUUGAAGAUGAAGAAGAUGAUCUUGAGAAUGAAGAUUUAAAUGAGUCAAUAGAUAAUUAAAAUUGAAUGUAAUUAUUUUUUUGCUUUUUUACGUUGAGGUUGUGAUAAAAGAUCGUUUGAACUUUGAUCAUUUUGUGGUUGUAAUUUAUAUGUAUUAGAAGUAUUAUUGUCAUUGACAUUUGAUGACGGAACACUAAAUUCUGGAAUUUUAGGUUUCACUAGCUUAAGUAUAAUUCUUUCAUGUUGAACGUUACUACUAUCAAGACUUAACUGAACACUAACUGGAUCAAAUGUUCGAAAAACAACUUCACCACAUCUCUGAGUUUGUUCCUAAAUUAAAAUAUUAAAAAUGUAUUUUUGUAUUAUAAAUUAAAUAAAUAUUACCUCUUCGUUAUAAAUAAAUGUUACUGUUUGUAUUUGUCCUUUACGAGGUGCUAGAAACAGAGUACCUUCUAAACCAUACUUUGGUAUCAGUAUUUGUAAAGCAUUUUUCCGAACAUAUAAUAUGUAUCCUUCUUCAUCUCUAA